CCUCGAUUAAUGUCAUUUGGCAAAUCGCCCAAUUCUCGGAUCCUUGAGAAGCUAGUGCGAAGGUGUGCUCCUUGAUUGACUUUGAGUCUAGUUCUACUUUUUUUCGUCAACGUUUGUUUUCUUACUGAUCCUGUCCCAUGAUUGAAAAUUUGGCCAUGAGAUGAAUUGGCACCGGGCGCGAUCGCACAUAGCCAAGAAUCCGAACCAUCAAAAACCUUUCCUACCUCAGAAUCAAGCGAGUCAUUGUUCAUUCCGUUACUUCACGCUCCGGAUUGCUCUUCAGCCCGGUUUGUUUGGUCCAUUUGUUCACGAAUGGGCUCCAGUGGUUGACCAAUUCAUGGCCGAGAGAACCAAGACUGAGAACACGACCAAAACGAAGCAGCAAAUCGACUGGGAAUGGGAUUCGGGUUAUGGUGACGAUUGAGUGGGAAAGUCAAGAGUGAGGCGAAACAGAAGCAUUAUUUAAAGCAAUCAUGAGCUCGAGCUCCGGAAUCCGGGGGAUCCGGAGGAAAAAAUCAUCAUUGUCAGAAGUUAAGAUAGCUAUCAUUGGAGCGCCAGGAGUGGGCAAAAGUGCCUUGGCAGUGCGAUUCCUAACGAAGCGUUAUAUCGGCGAGUACGACCAUCAAUCAGAGACUCGAUAUAAACACGAGAUAUUGGUGGAUGGCGAGCCGGUGCUAUUCGAAAUUUGCGAUACAUGCCCCAAGCUGGAGACAGAUAUGCCUUUGAGUGACACGAUCAUCUGGGCGGAUGGUUUUAUCCUGGUCUAUUCCAUUACGGACCGAGGCAGCUUUAACUACAUCAAAUUAGUAAAACAGUACAUCAUUGAUGUCAGACAGCAACAUUAUGACAAAACUGGAACCACCAACUCUAGUGGAACCUUUGCUCCGAUGGUGCUAUUAGGGAACAAAGGCGACAUGGUCCAUCUUAGACAAGUGGCAACGGAAGAAGGUGAAAUACUGUCCAAGGAUUUCGAUUGCUACUUCUCAGAGGUGGCUGCCGCAGAUCAAGUGUCUGAGGUGGCAGAGGCAUUUCUGGAGCUCUGCCGAGAGGUCCACAUAUCCCGGAGAAAGAACAAAACGUCGCUUUUGAACAGGGUGCUCGGGAACAAAAGUGGCCUGAGAUCCUAUUCCCGAGGAAAAAGUGACACCGUCUUCUCUAAAGAUUGAUCAUGUCACAUGAUGUCUUAUUUGACCUCUAAUAAACCUAAACGACAUGAA